AUGGUAAACACAACCCAUUCCACCUCCGUCCGAGGCACACUAUCCAACCCCAAGACCACCGCAGCGAAGCAAUCCAACAAAUCCACCCCCAGCCUCGGCGACUCCACAAGCCUAAAACCUGAACGGGAUGACAAACCACUCCCCUCAAACGACUCUGCACCGCCAGCAAAUGGAAACAACGACACGCCUUCCUCGCCUUCAUGCUCUUACUCAAGCUCCGCGCCUGUAGUGUCCGACCCUUACCGCGGAGCCGGUACGAGCGCGGGUGGAGGAGAUAAAAAGGCGAUCGGCAAUGGGGGCAGCGCACAAAAAGAAGAACUGCCACAUAGCAAGACGGUUCGGGGAACAUUGGCAAAUAAGGACGGAAAUAAGGUGAAUAGGACGCAGUUGGGUGAUCCGGCGAGUUUGAAAGCAGAGACUAGUUCGACGAAUGACAUGGACAGGCAGACGGAGAGGGAGGGGAUGGACAAGAACGGGACGAGUAAGCUGUAA